GAAUUGUUGGCUUUGCAUCCUCCCUCUCCGUUGUCGUAUGAUUACAGGUUCUGGAAGUUAUUUUGGAGUUUACCUCUCCCGCCUAAACUUAAGUUCUUUUGGUGGCGAGUGGUUCGAGGCUUCCUUCCUGUUCGGGCGGUGCUACAAAUCAAGCGGAUUGUGGCGGAUAAUACGUGCCCGGUGUGUUCUGCAGGGGCUGAAACUCUUUCUCAUACUUUCCUCCACUGUCGGGUGGCCACAGAGCUGUGGGAGCUUGCUGGUUUGGGUUCCCUUAGAAGGAGACUGCUGGGCACUCCACAAGCACAUUCAAUAUUUAGGGUCGCCCUUAUUUCGGCAAUUCAGAGCUCAGGUUGAGGAGUGGCAGCACACAUCAUCUCCGUUGACGCUCCAUAGGGAUGGCGGUGGGGCAUUUCGUUCACGAACGGGUUCGGGACAGGGGGCUCGCAUUAUGCCGACAUACGGGAUUUGCCCAACUGGUGGCGUCCUUGUUCGUUUUGAUGGAGCUUGGAGGAAGGAUGUGGGAGGCGGA